CUGCGUUACACAUCAAAAGAAACAUCCUGCGGCCGUAAUUCGACUCCAAAAGAACACCCCGAGUUUGGCUAGAAAGAGACGGACCUCACCUGAAUACAACAUUUGCACGAUAUGAUACGAUAGCAUACUCCGACUGGAUCGCACAUCCAGCCGCGACAGCCUGUCGCUGAGAUCGAUAUAAGCGACUCAGUGUAAGGAUACUGGAGCAGCAAAAAAGGCAAUCACCAGCAACCGUUACCAUCAUGGCGGUGCCCAAGAGGAAAUCAUGGUUAGCUGCACAGCUCACACCACGAAAGCUCCUGUUCUACACGAGCUUCCAUGGUCUACACAUCCUCAUCUUCAUCAUCGGAUGGUGGAAACAGGCGACGGAUCAGCGUCUAGCACCAUUGAACACGCUGACGUUCAGCGUCUGGUUUUCGCGAGGAGCCGGCCUGUGUCUGUCAGUCGACACCAUGAUCAUUCUCUUUCCCAUGUGCCGAAACAUCUUGAAGGUGAUCAGGCCCAAAAUGCGAUGGCUGCCACUCGACGAGAGCCAGUGGUUCCAUCGCCAAGUCGCAUAUAGCAUGCUACUCUGGACGAUUGUACACGUAUCGGCACACUAUGUCAACUUCUUCAAUGUGGAGCGAAGCUUGGUCCGAGCAGAAGCUGCCGUACAGAUUCAUUAUCACCAGGCCGGCGGCAUCACGGGGCAUAUCAUGCUGCUCUGCAUGUUAUUGAUCUACACGACUGCGCAUGCCAAGAUCCGCCAGCAGAGCUACGAGACGUUCUGGUACACGCAUCAUCUCUUCAUCCCAUUUCUCUUAGCAAUGUAUACCCAUGCGACAGGAUGCUUUGUGCGCGACAGCGUCGAACCUUACUCGCCAUUUGCCGGGAAGAAAUUCUGGGGCCAUUGCAUAGGCUACCAAGGCUGGCGCUGGGAACUGGUGGGAGGCGUCGCCUAUCUUUGUGAGCGUGUAUACCGGGAGUUGAGAUCUCGACGCCAAACCGAGAUCAUCAAAGUCGUGCGCCACCCCUACGAUGCCGUGGAGAUACAGUUUCGCAAGCCAAGUAUGCGCUACAAAGCCGGCCAAUGGCUCUUUAUCAAUAUCCCUUCGGUUUCCAAACACCAAUGGCAUCCCUUCACAAUUACAUCAUGUCCCUUCGAUCCAUAUAUCAGUAUUCAUGUCCGACAAGUGGGCGACUUCACGCGAUCACUGGCGAAUGCUGUAGGAGCUGGUCCCGAGCAGCAAAAGCUAUACGACGAGCUAGAUCCAUUAGGGAUGUACGAAGUGGCACUCACCAACGGACAGGAAAUGCCACGUCUGCGUAUCGAUGGUCCGUACGGAGCACCAGCCGAGGACGUGUUCGAGAACGAAAUUGCGAUUUUGAUAGGCACUGGAAUUGGCGUGACACCGUGGGCCUCUAUCCUCAAGAGUAUCUGGCACAUGCGCAUCUCGCCCAAUCCCCCCAAGCGGCUCCGGAGAGUAGAGUUUAUCUGGGUGUGCAAAGACACGACUUCAUUCGAGUGGUUCCAGGCUCUUCUGCAAUCACUGGAGCAGCAGAGUACUGCCAUGUCCGGUGGUGAAGCGGGAGGACAGCAGGAGUUCCUGCGAAUACACACCUACCUGACCCAACGCAUGGAUGCCGAUACUGCUCAGAACAUCGUAUUGAACAGUGUUGGCACCGAUAAAGACCCUCUGACGGAACUCUCAAGCCGCACGAAUUUUGGCAGGCCCGAUUUCAACAGGCUGUUUGUAGCGAUGAGGGAGGGCAUUUUAAAUCAGAAAUAUAUUGCAGGUAUUCAGAGUCGCAAAGGGGCUGCUGAUGUGGGAGUCUACUUCUGUGGACCGAAUGUGGCUGCGAGGAAUAUCAAAAAGGCUUGCAAACAGGCGACGGUGCCGGGAGUGAAGUUCAAAUUUUGGAAAGAACAUUUUUGAAUACUACCCAGGUAGGUAGUAGAGCUGAUGAUACCUUACUGUCCAUAGCGCCUCGAUAUUCUCUGGCCAUCUUUGAUCUUCUACAGAGAGAGAGACAAGAUGGAGACAUUUCUACUAGCUCUGUUUGCUAGGUACCUUACAUGUAUAUACACAUAUUGACGCCUACGCGUCGCGUCUUCUACUCACGCGCUACAACCAGUUCCCC